AAACGGAACUGCUAUUCCCACAAGGCAAAAGUCUCUACAACCGCAGAUUCUACUUUGAUCCCAACUCUCUCUUCUCGGAAGCUUAUUCCAGUUCCCUCUUUCGUUAUGUCUUCCCACGCAACUCCGGGUACCACGGCAAGUGGCGAGGAGGGCAACACACCUCACCACUGGAUCAUGGGCAACAAGGCGUUUAAGCAUCGCAUGGAGCACCAUGACGGCAUCAAAGCGCUGUGGGAAACCAAAUGGAAACUACCUUGCUCCAAAUCCCUCUACCCCUUUCACGACGGCGCCUACGAGGACUUUGAGCCCAUCUUCGAAGAACUCAUCAAAAACAAGAUCAACGACGCCUGCUCCAAAGAAUACACCAACGCCUUCCUCGCCACCGCCAAACGCCUCAUCGCCACCGCCGCCGCCACGGCGACGAUUGAGAGCAAGACCACCGAGGCGGCAGCCCUGUACCUGAGGGCAUGCGCCAUCUGCCGCAUCGCACGCUUCCCCUACAUCACGGGCUUUCCAAAGGUCAAUGAUGCUGUCAAGUGGAAGAUGUGGGAGAUGCAAAAGUCGGCGUACCUGAAGGCCGGGGAGUUGUGGAUGAGCCCCGUGGAGGAGGUAAUGGUGAAGCAUCGGCACGCGGAGGGCCAGGAUCGGAAGGAGAUUCCGGUUUAUGUGAGAGUUCCGAAGAUGGUGCAUAUACGGGAAGGGGACGCCAAGCUUCCCGUGGUGGUGUUGAUGACAGGGCUGGAUGGGUAUCGGCCGGAUAAUACGGUCAGGUGCGACGAGUUUUUGAGGAGAUGCUGGGGCGUGGUGGUUGUCGAGAUCCCCGGUACGGCCGACUGCCCGGCUGACAGCGCCGACCCGAAGUCGCCCGACCGGUUGUGGACGAGCCUGCUUGAGUGGAUGGGCAAGGACGGGCGGUUUGACAUGAAUCGCGUUAUGGUUUGGGGCCUCAGCAGCGGCGGGUACUACGCCGUCCGCAUCGCACACACCCACAAGGACCAGCUCGCCGGGUGUGUUGCGCAGGGCGCCGGGUGCCAUUAUUUCUACGACAAGAAGUGGCUAGAUAAGGUGGACGGGCACGAGUAUCCUUUCGAGUUGACUCCUGCUAUGGCCAUGAAGCAUGGCUUCCAAUCUGUCGAUGAGUACAAGGCGAACGCGCAGAAGAAGUUCUCGCUGCUAGAGGCAGGCAUCAUCCAGAAGCCGUCCACCAGACUGCUUCUGGUCAAUGGCACUCUCGACGGCCUCAUGCCCAUCGAGGAUUCGAUGAUGCUGUUUGAGUACGGCACGCCCAAGGAGGCCCGCUUCUUUCCCGGCGCGCUGCACAUGGGGUAUCCGAUGGCCAACGGGGCUGUGUACCCUUGGAUGGAUGAGGUUAUGCAGUCAGUGAAGGAUUGAAAAGGGGGGUAUGAGUCUAUCCGUUGAUGUUACCAACUGUGGAUCGUUGUGUAUCCGUAGAUGUUUUCUUUCUUCAUCUUACUCACUGGCAGGGGGUCUGCCC